AUGGCUGAAGGCAAGAAGACCGACGACUACACGAUCCAGAUGGAUUCGAUAGACCAGGGCAACAAGAGCUUCGAGGCGCCGCCGCCGCCUCAGCCCAGGAGUCCGCCGUCGGGCUCGCUGUCCAACAACCCCAUCUUGCCCGUGUUGGCCUACUGUGGAUCCUCGAUCUUGAUGACCGUCAUGAACAAAUAUGUCUUGUCCGGCACUGAUUUCAACCUCAACUUCUUCCUCCUCUGCAUCCAGUCUCUCGUUUGUAUCAUUGCAAUCCAGACCUGUAAAUCAUGCGGUUUGAUCACUUAUCGCGACUUCAGCGCGGACGAGGCCAGAAAGUGGUUCCCCAUCACUCUGCUCUUGAUCGGCAUGAUCUACACGGGCUCUAAGGCGCUUCAGUUCCUCUCGAUUCCCGUUUACACCAUCUUCAAGAACUUGACCAUCAUCCUUAUCGCCUACGGAGAGGUGCUGUGGUUCGGUGGCUCCGUCACCGGUCUUACCCUGUUCUCUUUCGGACUGAUGGUUCUGAGCUCUAUCAUUGCCGCCUGGGCUGACAUCAAGCACGCUGUGGAGAGCAAUGGCGAUGCGACCGCCAAGAUGUCCACUUUGAAUGCAGGCUACGUCUGGAUGCUGGUCAACUGCCUCUGCACGUCGUCCUAUGUUUUGGGCAUGCGCAAGCGGAUCAAGCUGACCAACUUCAAGGACUUUGACACCAUGUUCUACAACAACCUUCUGUCGAUCCCCGUCUUGAUCGUUCUGUCCGCUUUCUUGGAAGACUGGUCAUCCACCAACGUCAACCGCAAUUUCCCUCCUGUGGACCGCAACAGCAUCGUUUUUGCCAUGAUCCUCUCCGGCCUGUCGACUGUGUUCAUUUCCUAUACCUCCGCCUGGUGUGUUCGCGUCACUUCGUCGACCACUUACUCCAUGGUUGGAGCUCUGAACAAGCUUCCCAUUGCUAUCUCUGGACUCAUCUUCUUCGAUGCUCCUGUUACCUUCCCCAGUGUUUCGGCUAUCGUCGUUGGCUUUGUUAGCGGUAUCGUUUACGCCGUUGCUAAGAUCAAGCAAAACGCUAAGCCAAGGACUGGUGUCUUGCCGACCGCCAACCCCCCGGUCAGCGCCAGCAGCCAGAGUAUGAGGGACUCUCUACGUUCCUAG